AUGGAAGCAACUAAAUUCUUAUCCUCUACCACCAUUCUUCCUCCACCAUGUCGAAAGAACAGCUCUAAGAAGCCCUAUAUCUUAAGCAUGGACACGAGUAGAGGACCGAAAGGACGAGAUUAUAAGGGAAGGCUGGUGGAUGAGAACAUGAUUGUGCUGCGAAUGCGCAUUCAGGAGAAGAAAUUAAUGUUGGAGGGAAAUUAUGAGCCUACUUCGAAUUGGAUGGAGUGGGAAAAGAAAUAUUUUGUGGAUUAUAAUCAGGAUGUGUGUGAAGCAAUAGGGUUGUUGCAGAGUUAUUUGAUGAACAUUAGGCCGGGUUUGACGCUAGGGCCGGUAGGUGUUCUUGCAAUGAGUGUCGCCAUUUCUACCGGGGUGCUCUUGUUUCAAGCUGUGGAGAUGGCUAAGAUCAUCUUAUUUGGGUUUCAUUUGCUGUAA